AAACUCUAACUUAGGCUCUCUUCACUUCCACAACAACGUAUCAACAAGUAUCAUAAAGAUCGAGAUCGAAAUCGAGUUCGGGAUAGAAGAUCUAUGGGGGCUUCCACUCUUUCCUUACCGGCAUUUGCUGCGGCCAUUUUUCUUUUCCUGGCCAACAAUGUUUGGCAUUGUCAUGGAAUAACUAGGCAUUAUACGUUUGAUGUAAGAUUGCAAAAUGUAACACACUUGUGCAAGACAAAGACCAUGCUCACUGUCAAUGGCAAGUUCCCUGGGCCUCCAAUUGUUGCUAGAGAAGGCGAUCAAGUUGUCGUUGAAGUUGUUAACCAUGUCCAAAAUAAUGUCUCCAUCCACUGGCAUGGAAUCCGACAGAUAGGGAGUCAGUGGGCGGAUGGUCCGGCCUACGUAACACAGUGUCCAAUUCAAAGUAAUCACAGUUACGUGUACAACUUCACAAUCAAAGGACAAAGAGGGACUCUUUUUUGGCAUGCCCACAUCUCAUGGCUUAGGGCUACUCUAUAUGGACCUAUGAUCAUCCUCCCUAAGAAACACGAACCAUAUCCAUUCCCUAAGCCCCAUGAGGAGAAAACCAUCAUCCUUGGAGAGUGGUGGUACAAUGACACUGAAGCAGUUAUUCGUCAAGCUCUUCAGAGUGGAGGAGGCCCUAACGUGUCUGAUGCUUAUACGUUCAAUGGAUAUCCAGGGCCAUUGUACAAUUCAUGUACAGGGGCUAGAGGUUUGGAAGAUACAUACAAGCUAAAGGUCAAGCCAGGGAAAACUUACCUCUUGCGUUUGAUCAAUGCUGCACUCAACGACGAUUUGUUCUUCAGUAUAGCCAACCACACCAUGACAUUGGUUGAAGCCGAUGCACUCUACCUUAAGCCAUUUGAAACUGACAUUCUUCUCAUCACACCAGGCCAAACAACCAAUGUUCUCCUUAAAACCAAGCCUAUUCCAAGCCACGCUUCUUACCUAAUGGCGAUUAGCCCCUACUUUACCGGCAGUGGCACAUUUGACAACACAACCGCGGCAGCCAUACUAGAGUACGAAAUGCCACCAAAGCCCUCAUCCAUUCACAAGAUCAUUAACGUUACAUCCAAAGAUCUCCCUCGUCUACCUUCAAUCAAUGACACUUCAUUUGUAGCCAAUUUUAGUAACAAGUUUCGAAGUUUGAACAAUGCUAAAUAUCCCGUUGAUGUUCCACAAAAAGUUGAUAAAAACUUCUUCUUCACAGUAGGACUUGGAACUAGCCCUUGCCCUAAGAACCAAACAUGCCAAGGGCCUAAUAACAACACUAAAUUCGCGGCCACAGUUAACAACAUCUCUAUGGCUCUUCCAUCAACUGCCAUGCUUCAAUCCCACUUCUUUGGCCAAAAUGAUGGGGUUUACAAGACCAAUUUCCCUCAAUUCCCUCUCAAAGAGUUUAACUACACCGGCACGCCCCCGAACAACACCAAUGUGAUGAAUGCUACUGAAACUGUUGUGAUCCCUUAUAACACAAGUGUUGAGGUUGUUAUGCAGGACACUAGCAUUGUUAGUGCUGAGAGUCACCCUCUUCACCUUCAUGGCUACAAUUUCUAUGUUGUCGGUCAAGGUUAUGGUAACUUUAACCCUAGAAAAGAUCCUGCCAACUAUAAUCUUGUUGAUCCUGUUGAAAGGAACACGGUGGCCGUGCCUUCUGGUGGUUGGGUCGCUAUUCGAUUUAGAGCUGAUAAUCCAGGGGUAUGGUUCAUGCAUUGCCAUUUUGAGGUGCACAUCAGUUGGGGUCUAAGGAUGGCUUGGAUUGUCCUCGACGGCAAGCUACCCAAUCAGAAGCUGCCACCUCCGCCCGCCGACCUUCCGAAAUGCUAACUGAUCGAUCACACCGUAGCCUGGCCUUCUGCCAUUUUGAUUGUUAAAAAGAGGAAUUGAAUUUAUUUGAAUUUCAGCUUUCGUUUGUUAUGGGAUUUUGCUUGAGUGAGGAUUGAAAGUUGUAAAAGCCAGCUGAGGAGUUUAAUUAAUUAUUUGUAAAUGUAGAAUAAUAAAGGCGGCUUUGUAACAUUUGAUUUUCCUAAGUUUUACUUUCAAUAAUAAGAAAAAAGGCGUUUGAUUUCAGUCUAA